GGCAAAAUUUAAGUUCAUGAUUUACUGAGCACUGAAAGGUAAUUUCCCGUAAGUAAUUAUGAAAUAAAUACGUUGCUGAACUUUGAGUUAAAUUUUAAUAGCAGACAGAUUGAUUCAUCACAUUUUAACGGAAAAUUGCAGGUCAGCUUAGAAUUGACCGUGUGCAAUUACGUAAUGUCAACAAGUCGUUAGGUCCGGACAUACAGCCACGGGACAAAUGUCACCAAUUAAACGUCGGACGUCGAACGUAUAAGUACUCUAAUUGGGUUAGCGCUUAAACGAAUUAAAACUAAUUGAUAACAUGAAUCAAAUAAGUGUUAUUGCUUUAAUCACGAUGAUAACAUCAGAGGUGUUUGCUGUUCACGAAAAUCAUUGUGCAGAUUUAGAUCCGACCAACGACUUUGAUGAGGAAGCUCUGUUGGGGAGUUGGUUCAUACGAGAAUACAUUUAUCACAAAGACAAUUCGACUAGAACGGACUACAACCCUUACUGUCCCACGAUACAAAUACGGAAGUUGGAAGACUACGUCGCUGGCGGAUUGUUGAAUAGAAACUUACCGACGCCGCCCACGCCGUACCCGCCGGCCACCAACUCGCCGUACCUGAGCCGCUCCUACGGGCAGCCGGAGCAGCACCGCAUCAGACACUUCGUGGUGGAGUGGCACGAGGGGCUCUACCGCAACGACUACCACGUCAAGGUCAACACGUCGCACAAGGGGUUCUGGCCCACUGAUGUGCCUAAUCAUUCGGUGGAAUACCAGUACCGCUUCUUCGGCGGCGUCAUCCAGGUGCUGAAGGCGGCUCACAACCACCUGGUCCUCAACUUCUGCAUGCGGCUGCCCAACUCCCAGCUGUACAGCGUGGUCCUCUCCCGCAAUGAGAACCAGCUGACUCCCGAAGACCUGGCCAGCAUACACAACAUCUUCUCUAUGAAGCAUCUGUCGACGUCGUCGCUGCAACGGGUCUGUGAGAAUUCAGCGCCACAACUGGCGAUUUCUGGAGUCCUGGUGGUUGUGUCGUUGGUGGUGGCGUGGAAGUAGAUGAGAAGACUGCUUGGUUUAAUUGUUGUAGCUAAUGUUAUUUUUAUUAUUUAAAAUGAAAUUUAGAGACAAAUAUUUAUGAACAAAAUAGAACUAUCAUAUGUAAGUAAGGAAAAUAUAAAGAAGCAAUAAUAUUUGUACAUUUAUAGAAUUCAAAUAGACAUAUAUAUAGCUGUGUGUGAUGUGAAUAUAAGUAGGUACAAGAGUUUAGGUAUGUAUAUUUACUUAUAUCUAUUGUCUGUAAGUAUAUUUAUUAAGUACGUAUACAAUGAGAUAUUUUUAUACAAAGUCAUUUUGUAGUUUU